ACCCCUUCACCUAACAGCCCCCCCUCCCAUCUCCUCUCUAUUGACUGGCUCUCCUGCAUCAUACUGGAGACCCCGUUGAGAGGAUCUUUUCUCUCUAUAAAGAGAAGAUGCAGCCCAGGCGCCUUUGAGAUGAUCGCACGGAUUUACUGCGCGCCUCUCUGCCUCCAACUCCGCACGGGCAUCCUCGGCCGCCUCGACGCCGGAUCAUCUGGACCGCUGGCGUGCUAAAAAUAUACUUGAACGGGACAUUCGAAUGACGCGGGAUUUCCGAGUCUAUCCAGCCAGAGUGUCUGAGUCAUCCGAGCCCUGAAUGUGAGCAUCUUUUCCCUCCUGCGCUCCGCCGAGUACUUCAGACUUUGCGCGUCGUCGUCAGUUUGUGUUGCAGGUGCGGCGGGGAAGCAGCGUGAGGACAGAUGGCUGCGCUGGCGAUACAAAGAACUGACAACUUUUUGCACACCUUUUUACAGGACCGGACGCCCAGCUCCUCUCCAGAGGGCGCCCCUAACACCCUCUCCUUCCUGGCCACAACCUGUAGCCAGGCCUGGCAGGUGGGAAGCUCCAUGGGCUCAGAAGGCUCCCAGUUCCCCUACGAAGGCACCGUCAGCUCCACAUCGGGAAUGUUUCAGCUGUGGAGCAACGACAUGGCCCCCAGCACGGCCCUCAGCACGCACCAGAUGACCUUCACCGUGCCCAAGGUGCAGUUCCCCGGUCACAUGCAGUCCGGCCUGGGCCACCAUCAUCAUCACGCCCAUCACCACCACCACCAUGAGCUGCCUCUCACCCCUCCGGCUGAGCCUCCCUCCUCCUACUCCUUCGAACUCUCCCCUGUGAAGGUGCUGUCCUCGCAGCCGCAGGCCAACGGCCCGUACUACCCUCAGCACAACAGUGUGGGACAAAAUUUCCCCAGUUUCCUCCAGAACUCCUCGGCCAGGCACCACCUGCCCGGAGGCCACAUGGAGGAAGGGCAGCAGUGGUGGAGCCUACCCCAGACUAACGCCGCCCCUUCCAACCAUCCCUUCUCUCUGGGCAGACAGCUGGUUUUGGGCCACCAGCCCCAGAUAGCUGCUCUUCUCCAGGGCACCUCCAAGGGCCUGCUGAGCUCCACGCGCCGCUGCCGCCGCUGCAAGUGCCCCAACUGCCAGGCGAACGGCGGAGGCUUGGAGUUUGGAAAGAAGAGACUGCACAUCUGCCACAUCCCGGAGUGUGGCAAGGUGUACAAGAAGACCUCUCACCUCAAGGCACAUCUACGCUGGCACGCAGGAGAGAGGCCCUUCAUCUGCAACUGGCUCUUCUGUGGUAAAAGCUUCACCCGUUCAGACGAGCUACAGCGGCACCUCCGCACACACACCGGGGAGAAGCGCUUUGGGUGCCAGCAGUGUGGCAAGAGGUUCAUGAGGAGUGACCACCUCUCCAAACACGUCAAGACCCACCAGACCAGGAAGAGCCGGUCUGGGCAGCCCUCACAGAGCACGGACCCUCUGCUCACCAAUAUCAAGAGAGAGUGAUCUCUGCGCUCCAUCAUUCAGAAAUAAUAAUCAAUCAGUGAACAGACUGUGUGACUCACACUUACUGCCAUAGAUUUGCACUAGAGGGUAAGCAUCAAGCUCCCUGAACAUCUUCUGUCAUCAAAGCCCUACUUUUGACAUCAAGUAGUAGCAUUAAAACAUAUUUAGAAACCAUUUUUAAUCAGAGUAAUCGUGUGCUUUUUGAAGCGAGGCACCUUUAAAGAAUACUUGAAGCCUUUUUUCAGUGAUAUCGUAAGAGUUUUCUGAACACACCUGAAAAAAACAAAACAAACAGCUGAUGAACAAUUCAAGAUUUGUUUAAAGUACAACCGAUGUGACAAUCUGAUUUAUUUUUUUUUUUGUCUUCUGUAAAUAUUUUAUUCAUGUGAAGGACACGGCAGACACGAGCAAAAUCCCACAAAGUUUACCAGAAAAAUGUCCAUAUUAUCAUGUUCAAGAUAAAUGUAUGCCUUAGCACAGCUAAAAUGAAAAUGUCUGCUCUCCAGUGCCGGUUCAGAACGGGGUAAAUGUUUCUGUUGCUGUUGGUAAUUAGAUUUUUAUUCCAAAACGAAUCCUAAUUCGUCCGCUUCAAGGUAGGGAUCCUUUUUUUUGAAAUGUGAGUCUUUGAUCUAUCAGAUUUAUCUCGGCUGUGUGAAGCACCGUUUCUCCUGAUCAGCAAUCGUUUUUAAUUUUUAACUUCUUUGUAAAUUAUGUAUAAAUAUCAUGAACAAUUUUAUCGGGGGUUAUGGCCGCAUGUACAUUUUAAUAAACAUUGUCCUUGCUGAAACAA